UAUGCUGUAGAAGAGCAGCCUAAUGUAAUACAUCCAUAAAUAUCAUAUGGUAAAGCGAGAAGCGAGAUCUGGCCAUCUAGGAAUUGCUUAUCAGUGCUUGCUGUUCAGUAGUGACGUAUCGCAGAAUGUCACACUGAUGUAUCAUCCAUAGACGAAACUAACUUUUAGAAAAUCAGUUAUUGUAUUAUCUCUCUCAUCAUGCCUGCGUAUCAUUCGAGCUUUACAAAAAAUCAUGGCACAAUUGGAAACAUGGCACUGUUACCAAUCAAGACCACAUUCAGAGGCCCUGCACCUCCUUUUAACAACAAAGAACAGGAUAUAAUUGAUGAAGCAUUAUAUUUCUUUAAAGCAAAUGUAUUCUUUAGGACAUAUGAGAUUAAGAGCGAGGCUGAUAGAGUUUUAAUCUAUAUCACUCUGUUUAUUACCGAAUGCUUAAAGAAGUUACAAAAAUGUGCAACGCAACCACAAGCUAUGAAUGAAAUGUUUUCCCUUGCUAUCUCCAAAUUUGAUAUACCUGGUGAUUCUGGUUUUCCCUUGAAUUCUGUAUAUGCUAAACCAACUAGUCCUACUGAAGCAGAUCUUAUGAGACAGUAUCUUCAUCAAAUCAGACAAGAAACAGCUGUUAGGAUUGUUGAAAAAGUAUAUGGUGAGGAUGGAAAACCAAGUAAAUGGUGGCUCUGUUUUGCGAAAAAGAAGUUUAUGGACAAAUCAUUAUCUGGACCUGGACAAUGAAUUAUUAUAUUGUUUUAAAAAAUGCGCGCGUAUAAUCGAAAAAUAAAAAAAUCUC